UUUUCAAUUUCAUUUAAAUUCACACCAAACAAACGUGCAAAUAGUGAUUGAAUUAGGUAACCGAGUUUAAAAUCUGGGUUUCAAGCCAAGUAUCAGUAAUGCUAGAAACUAAUUUCAGUGAUUGAAUGCAUCUAGUUUGAAUAUCAGCGUUUAAGGUUGUCGAAUCUCAGAGGUGCUAUGUAGAAGCUAAUUUGUGGACUUGAUACUCGUAUUAGUACACUGUGGUUCAUAAAAUUUUAUUGUUUUUGUGGAAAAGUGAUCUAUGGUUUUGAACUAAUUUCUUCAAAAAGCCAGUAAUUUUUCAGCUCACGAACUGCGAUCAAUCAAAAUCCAUAGAAGUGCAUCGCAAUGACUGGGAAUUUUUCAAAACGAUAUGUCAUCGUUGGAAUGGUAUUCGUUGGAUACACGAUUUUCUUCGUGACACAUGCAAACGUAGGAAUGGCAGUGGUUGCGAUGACGUCAUCGAAAAACAUCACAGGACCCGAUGGUGUGAUUGAAGUUAUUCCGGCAGAAUUUGACUGGAACUCGAUCCAGAAAGCAAUGGUGAUUGGUUCAUUCUCAUACGGUCGAUUGAUGGGAGCCUUAUUGGCCAUAUACGUGGGACAGAUUGGAGGAAGUACGGCGUACUUUUUGGGACUCGUAAGCACAGCCAUUGUGUUAAUUUCAGUACCGUUUUUAUUGAACGUCAAUUUCUGGUUAUUUGUGAUAGGAAAUGCUCUCAGUGGCACUUUUGAGGGGAUUUCAUAUACCAGCGUUCCUCAAAUUUGGUCCAGAUGGGCUCCUCCAGAUGAAAGAGCGAAAAUGGCAUCUAUAAGUGUAACCGGAGUAUACGUCGGACAGAUUGUUUCUUUUUUCGUAGGAGGAUGGAUAUUAUACGAGUGGAAUUGGGAAAUAUUAUUUUACGUCACAGGGAUUACAACAUUAGUAUGGGGCUGCAUAUGGUUCAUGGUGGUGAAAAACGACCCUGCUGAUGAUAAAUGGAUCUCGAAAGCUGAAAGGGAUUAUAUCAAAGAACAACUCGCGACUAAAAUUGAAGACAAAAAGUUGGAGUAUCCUUAUAAAGACAUCAUGACCUGUUUACCUUUUUGGAUAACAUGUUUGGGUAAAUUUAGCUGCGGAUUUGGUGUGACUUUCAUGAUGUCGUAUUUGCCUCAGUAUAUCCAAGAUACAAAUAAUGUCAAUAUCAAAGAAAUCGGAUACUUAUCGAUGAUUCCUCAAAUUUGUGCGGUGAUCGCAAACCCUCCAGCUGGUUACAUCUUCGACUAUUUAAGAUCAAAUAAGAUACUUUCACUAACAAAUAUUCAUAAAUUAUACACUUCUGUUGGUUUAUUUGCUGGCACGAUCGCCUUCUUGGCAGCUAGUUUAUGGUCAAAUUUUGUAUUUUCUAUUGUCUGUAUGGCCAUAAGUCAGCUACUGAUCACGUGUGCAGUUUUACAAAAUCAGAUAGUGGUUCUAGAUCUGGCCCCAAGAUAUGCUUCUUUUAUGGCAUCUGUGGCAAUGUUCUUUUAUAACUUGGCUUGCAUAUUGACUCCUACGAUAAUCGGAUUUAUUGUCACGUCUCACGGUCGUUUUCAAUGGAGCAUUUGCUUCAUCAUAUUUGCAGCUCAGUUUACCACAACAGCUUUAAUUUAUAUAAAAUUCCUUUCGGUUAAAUUGCAACGCUGGGCAAACUACAAAAUUGAUGAGCAACCAGGUCAAUCGUUAGAAAUCAAGUCAUCGACGUGAAAUUCUCCAUCCAUUUUCUAUGAAAAACUGUUUUUUUUUUUUUAAUACAAAGUGCUUUACAGUA